AUGAUUAAUGACCAGAAGAAGACUGUUCUCGUUGUUGGUGCAGGCUCUGUAGGUGCAAUUGCCGCGUUGAACCUUGAGGUUGGCGGCCUUGCCUCAGUUACAGUUGCCCUGAGAUCAAACUACAACACUGUCAAAGAGCAAGGAUACACCAUCGAAAGCUGUGACCAUGGAGCAUUGAAAGGGUUCAGCCCGAGUGUUGUUCGCAACACUAUUCCGGACAUCACCGCCGAAGAUCUUCCCCCGUAUGACUAUAUCGUUAUUUGCACCAAGAGCGUACCAGACGUCGGACCCACCUCCCUUGACUUGAUUGCUCCCGCUCUGCCAAAGGACAACAGUCACACAGCGUUGGUCCUGCUCCAGAAUGGCCUGAAUAUCGAAAAGCCCUUUCUUGAAUCGCACCCACGGACCAUCGUACUUUCCGGCGUAUCCCUUAUUGGAAGUGCAGAACCGUCCUCUGGCCAUAUUAUCCAGAAUGAGCCAGAUCGACUCCUCGUCGGCGCGUUCCCGCAUCCCUCCAUCAGCGACGAGUUAGCAUCUGAGAGGGCCAAGCAAUUCGUAAAUCUGUAUUCUGCAGGUGGGAACACGGAUUGCAAGUUUUCACCAGAUGUUCUGCAUGACCGUUGGCGGAAGCUGGUCUACAACGCCUGCCUCAAUCCCAUCUGUGCUAUUACUGGUGUCGAUUCUGGGAGGAUCAGGCUUGCGGAUGGUGGUCUAGAUGGAUUGGUCCGGCCCGCAAUGAGGGAGAUUGUUGCAGCUGCCAAGGCCGUGGCAAACGUUGAGCUGGCAGAGGAUGUGGUUGAGCAGAUGAUUAACGUCGAUCCGCUGGAAAACUGGGCGAAGCCGAGCAUGCAGCAGGAUCUUGAGAAGGGCAAUUUCAUUGAAUUCGAAAACAUACUCGGUGAGCCGCUACGCGAGGGCAAGAAAGCUGGCGUCUCGAUGCCCACUCUCGAGGUACUUUACCAGCUCGCGAGAGCGAUUCAAUGGCGCACGAAAGAAGCCAAAGGACUAGUACAGCUGCCAGGAAAGUAG